GAGAAAUUGCUUGUCAAAGUUUGCGAUUUUGUCAAAUUUGGGCGCCAUGUUGUUCUUUUCACUGCAGACUCGGAUUUGUCCAGCGCCCUCAUUUUUGACGUCAUUGCGUGCUUCGAAGGUGUUGUUCAUAUAGAAAACUAUGGCUUUGUAUGGCGAUUUAAUAAGAAUAUCGAUUAUUUCUCUGCUUCUAAUUCUUUAAUUAACGCGAGUUUAGACCGAUUUAACAGAGAUAUUUUACAGACGGAGAUAUUUUACAUUACCGAGCUUCUGGCUGAGGUGAAUCAAGAGUUGCCAGGUCAUGUUCAUGUUGGUGUACGGAAACUAGCUUGCGCAGAAUUAAAUAAUUAUAUGUUGCGGUUAUUGCCCUGUGUGGAUCUGGCUCUUGUUGGCCUCUCGGAUUCAAUUUGCAUGAAUAUCGAUGCUGCGUUUGCGUUCAGCAACGAUUUAUCGGUUUAUGCGACUUCUGUUUAG